AUGCAGCUCAACUGCAGCAUGAGUACCAAAGUGAACGAAAUCAAUGACGAACAACCCAUAGUGAGACGCUCUGCUAACUAUGGUCCAACCAUUUGGAAAUAUGAAUACAUACAGUCGCUUAACAGCAAAUAUGUGGGCAAAGUCUAUGAGAUGAAGGCAACAAAGCUGAAAGAAGAGGUGAAAAUAAUGAUUUUAGAAAACAUGGAGAUCCCAUUCCAGAAAUUGGAGCUCAUUGACACAAUCAAGAGACUUGGAGUGUCUUAUCACUUUGAGAAAGAGAUAGAGGCUUGUUUGGAGGCAAUAUACAAUGAAACAGACUGGUCGAGUGAAAUAGUCGAUUUAAACGAGGCAUCGGUCAGAUUCAGACUCUUCAGACAAUAUGGAUAUAAUGUUUCGCCAGAUAUUUUCGACAAAUUUAAAGACAAAGAUGGGAAUUUCAAUGAGUCCUUGCGUGAGGAUAUCAAGGGAUUGUUGUCCUUGUAUGAGGCCUCAUUUCAUGGCUUUGAGGAAGAAAGUAUAAUGGAUAAGUUUGGAGAGUUUGCUACAAAACAAUUAAAAGAAAAUUUAAACAGAAUAAAGAAUCCAUAUUUGUCUAUGCUUGUGAAUCACGCUCUUGAGCUUCCCCUCCAUUGGUCAAUGGAAAGAUUUGAGGCGAGGUGGUUCAUUGAUGCUUAUGAAAACCGAAAAGAUGUCAAUACAGCCCUCCUCAAUUUUGCUAAGUUGGAUUUCAACAUGGUGCAAGCUAUACACCAAGAAGACCUCAAACAUGCAUCAAGAUGGUGGGAGAACUUAGGAUGGAGCAAGAAAUUACCUUUCGCGAGGGACAGAUUGGUUGAAUGUUACCUAUGGUCCUUAUCAGCUGUGUAUGAUCCGCAACCUGAGUUUCAAUACUAUAGAAGGAUGGCCACAAGAGUCAACCAAGUAUCCACAUGCCUUGAUGAUAUUUAUGAUGUCUUUGGCACUUUGGAAGAACUUGAGCUUUUAAACGAUGCAUUUCUCGGGUGGAACGUGAAUCUUGCCAUAACAUUGCCAGAUUAUAUGAAAAUAUGUUUUCUUGGCAAUGUCAAUUUGGUCAACGAAUUGGGGUAUGAGGCUCUAAUGAAGAUUGGAGUCCACGCCCUCCCUUACCUGAUAAAAGCGUGGACAGAUUUAUGUGGGUGCUACAUAAAGGAAUCGAGGUGGUUUCAUGGGGGUUAUGUUCCUUCUCUUGAGGAGUACUUGAACCAUGGAUGGAUGUCUGUUACAACAUCUGUAAUGGCCAUUCAUGGGUAUUUCCUCAGUAAUUGUGCUUCUCAUCCCAUCACCCAAGAGGGAAUGGAAGCAAUUAAAAAUUAUGAUGAUAUCAUCAAAUGGCCUUCCAUGAUUGCUCGCCUAGUCAAUGAUUUGGAAACAUCAAAGAAUGAAUUGGAACGAGGUGACAUACUCAAAUCAGUUCAAAUUCAUAUGCAUGAAACUAACGUCUCUGAAGAAGAAGCUCAACAACAUAUUAAGAGACUCGUUAGAGAGGCAUGGAAAAAGGUAAAUGCAGCUCGUGUAAAGCCAGAUAACCCUUUUAGUAAAAAAUUUGUGGAUAUAGCAACAAACUUUGCUAGGGCAGCUCAUUUCAUGUAUCAAUAUGGAGAUGCGCAUGGGCAUAAUAUUAAAGGGAAAAACAAGGAACGUGUCACAUUGCUCCUCAUUGAGCCAAUUCAGCUUUCCUUUGAAUGA